AUGACUUUCUUCCUAAGGUUGGGGGAGGUUUGGAGGAAAUAUGUCGAGGGUUCUCCCAUGUUUAGAGUGUGUCAAAAGCUUAAAACUCUUAAACCUAUCUUGAAAAACCUUAAUAAGAAAGAUUUUAUUGAGAUAUCCACUAGGGUUGUACAUGCUCUUGACCACCUUGUAAGUACUCAAAUCAAGCUUGAUAGAGACCCUAUGAGUGCUAUCCUUCAAAAUGAGGAAAGGGUUGCCUAUGCUAAGUAUGUGGAUCUCUGUAGUGUGGAGGAAAAACUUGCUCUUCAAAAAUCUAGAAUCCAGUGGUUGGGUCUAGGUGACAGAAACUCCAGGUUCUUUAGAACCAUUAAAGGAAAUGUUAACAAGGGUAGAAUCAGUAGUGUCAUGAUGCCCAAUGGUGAUAGGGUGACCAAGAUUGCUGAUAUAUUUGCCACCUUUGUGGACUCUUUUACUAACCUCUUUGGUGAUAGGGUGACCAGGAGUGCUGGCUAUGAGAGAAUUAGUAAUCUUGUUUCUAAGAGGGUCUCUGUUGACCAAUUCAAUGAUCCUGCUAGGAAGGUGGUGGGGAAAGAGGUUGUGGCAGCUAUUAGGUCCUUCUUUAAAUCUGGUGAGCUUCUCCAAGAGCUCAAUAGUACAAACAUAGCUCUCAUUCCCAAAAACCCUAAAGCUGAAAAAUCAGCUUUUGUUCAAGGUAGAAGGAUCUCUGAUAACAUCUUCUUGUCUCAAGAGCUUAUGACUGGCUAUCACAAAAAGUCUCCAACACCUAGGUGUACUAUGAAAGCGGACAUAAUGAAAGCCUAUGAUAAUGUUCGCUGGGAUUUUGUUUUGGAUGUCCUUAGAGCCAUGGGGUUCCCUCCUAAUAUCAUUGGUUGGAUUAAGGCUUGUAUAACUAGUCCUUCUUUCUCCAUCUGUAUCAAUGGGAGUCUUCAUGGGUACUUUAAAGGGGCUAGAGGUCUGAGACAAGAUGAGUUUCAAAGCUUGUCUGGUUUGUCUCCUAGCCCCAACAAAAGUCAUAUUUUCUUCUCUGGGUGUGAGAAAAAAUUGAGAGAUGAGAUUCAGAAUAUUACCCAAUUUAAUGAGGACUUUUUACCGGUGAGAUACUUCGGGGUGCCUUUAAUCUCAACCAAAUUGAAAUCUAGUGACUGUGAUACACUUGUUGAGAGAAUUACUAAGAGGAUCAAAAGCUGGACCAACAAAUGUCUCUCAUAUGCAGGUAGAGCUCAAUUGAUUCAAUCUAUCCUCUUCUUUAUGCAUGUGUACUGGUCUUCUUUGUUCAUCAUACCUAAGAAAGUUAUAAAAGCCAUUGAGAGUCUGUUCAGAUCUUUCUUUUGGACUGGGUGUGAUCUUAGGAAACAUGGAGCUAAGGUUUCUUGGGACCAAGUCUGCUCUCCUAGGUCUGAGGGUGGUUUGGGGUUUAAAUCCCUUGAGAUUUUGAAUAAGGCUACUAUUACAAAGCAUGUCUGGUUUCUCUUCUCUGGGGGUGAUCAGUCUAUGUGGUGCCAAUGGGUUAAGUCGUACUUACUCAAGGGCAAGAGCUUUUGGAGGGUUAAAUUGCCUAGUGAUCCCUCUUGGGUUUGGAGAAAAAUUUUAUCCCUUAUACCUACCAUUUACCCAUUGAUUAAACACAAAAUUGGUAAUGGCUCAAAUAUCUUCCUGUGGUUUGAUAAUUGGCAUCCCCUUGGGUCUUUGUGGGCUAAAUUUCGUGAUAGAAUUGUUUAUGACACUGCCCUUGGUAGGAGACUAAGUUGGGGGCUCUCCCCUGAUGGUAAAUUCUCUAUCAAUUCUACUUGGAAUUACCAGCGAAAAUCUUUUGAUAAAGUGAAUUGGGCUAAAAUUUUGUGGGGACCCCAUAACAUUCCCAAAGCUAGCUUGGUAACUUGGAUGGCUAUCCUUGGCAGAUUAAACACUGGGGAUAGGCUCAAAAUGUUUGGUAUUACCCAGUCUUCUGAAUGUGUUCUCUGUAAUGCUCCUAAUAAGGACCACAACCACCUAUUCUUUGAUUGUCCUUUCUCUUUUAGAGUUUGGGAGUGUAUUAAAGGUAAGCUCAAUGUGAAUUGGCCUAACCUUUCCUGGCCUGAUAUUGUUAAUUUGGUUUCUAAAUCUGUUGGGGGUACAUCCUUAAGUGCCAUUAUAACUAGACUCGCUUUUACUUGCACUGUGUACCAAUUGUGGAUUGUUAGGAACAACAGGGUUUUUAGAAAUGAUCUUCUCCCUAUAGAAGUUGUGACUAAAUGCAUUGUAGAUAUGGUUAGAUUUCGAAUGAUGUCUAUUACUAAUCUCAAAUUGCAUCCUAGUGACAGCUGGUACAUGGAUAAGCUGAAUUUGAAGAUUGUGAGUGAGAAUUACCUAUAUCAGUACCUAGAGCAGAAGACUCUUGAGGGAUGUGAGAUUCUAAAUUGUGGGUGGAGUGUUGAAAUACUAAAUGGAGGAUGCAUUGGGAGUUUUGUGAAAGAUUUUACGACUGCUGGAAGCACUUUAGGAGUGAAGGAAUCUGUUUAUAUUUGUUGUGCCU